AUCUCGCCUUCGGUUUGUCUGCCGUUUUUUUGUGUUUUCGGGCUGCAUCCGUCGUGUGCUGCUCGAAGGGUUCGUCUAAGGGCGAAAAAAGUGGAUUCGUCCUUAUCGGGACGGAAGUUAAGACCCUCGCGGGUGCCAAAAGUUACACAAGAAACGCUUCUUCGAUCGGUUGCAGCCGUUCUGGCAUAAGGCUCCAGGCUCCAGCAUCCGUUUCAGCAGUGUUGUUGCGUUAGGUGCGGUUUCCGUUUCCGGGUUGUCGCGCCGCAAUCCACGUGGUGUGUGUUUUGUAGUGUAAUUUAGUCAAGCGGUCAGACAGAAACGGUUUAAUUGCCGCCCUCAUCUCCAUCGCCGUUCGAAAUUUUGGAUUCUCGGCGCGCGUGUUUACUCAAGCUCGUGAUGAUGAUGGUGUGUGUCUUGACCUAAAUAGUUGGGGGAGCCCCCGUUUUUUUUUUGCUUGCCUACCGGGGACAUCUCGACUCCGAAAUCAAGGAUUAGCAGCAGCCAGCAGCGUCAGACGACGACAGUCAGUGUGGCGGGAAGAUUUCCGAAGAUAGCUCCAGAAGCAAAUGAGGCUGGCCAGUAGUGAUGGGGCAGGGGAUGAGAAGCAUCUUCAUCAUCGUUGAGAGGAUACUAAUUACACAACCACAGGCAACCUCGUCACCGACUGCUAGAGAUCAACCAAUACAGUGAUAGAACCAAUUAAAGGAAGAGACACUGAGUCCCCCUAUUAGUUAGUGUGAAAAAGCGGAAGCAGUUAACUCAUUUGCAUAAAUAAUGGUGGUGAUGAUGAUGUUGAUGAAGCAACUUCCGAUGACGUCGAUGUUGUUAAUGAUUGCAAUGUUUGUUGUGCUACGACGGUGAUGGUUCGGUCUGUAUGCUGAUUUACAACAAUAACAACAACAAAAAUACAUCCAACAACAUCGUUUUGUGAACCCACGGAAAUCAUGUGAAAAUGUGAAACGUGUCAAAUAUGCAUGUCAAACAUCAGCCCAAAUGUUCCCACGGACUUGUUACGACCGCCAAAAAGUUGUUGAUUACAAGAAUCGUCAAAGUUUUACACCUCAUUCCAUCGGAAAACCAUCAAAGACAGUGCGGAGGACAUUAAACGAAAACGACAACGGAUGCUGUUAAAGGUGUUCCGAUCAUCGGAAAGUCUGCGAACUGAUUCCGCGUCAAGACUCAACCAGCGGCAGCGACAAUACAGAAGCGCCGCUGAAAAUUCUCCUCGAUCGAGCGCGCAAAGAUCCAAACAUCCAUCAUCCGACGACGGCGGUAAUUAAUUGGCACAGUUUGGGUCCGACGAAGACCCAGCUUUAAGAAUUUGAGUUGGGUUGCCGCCGAUCGACGACGACACAGAGGAAAGUCGUAAAACAAAAAAAACAACCAUAAGCCAGGAAUUGCCCAAAUCGAGCGACCAAGCAAACCUAAAAAGCCCAAAAUAAACCAAAACAAACGGAGGGAUCAACAAAUUUCCAGAAGGCGAAACGAUGCUAAAGGAUCUGAUCGCGGCCGCCGAAACAGUGACACCUGAGAAAUGUGCCGGAUGUGGAGUAUCCAUAAGGGACCGAUAUUAUUUGCUGGUGGCGGAUCGUGCCUGGCACAACCAAUGUCUGCGUUGCUGCAAAUGUCUGGCCAACCUCGAGACGGAGCUGAGCUGUUACGCUCGCGAUGGAAACAUCUACUGCAAAGAUGAUUACUACCGAAACUUCUCGUCCCGAAGAUGUGCCCGGUGCGGUUCCGGUAUCAGUGCCUCGGAGCUGGUGAUGCGAGCAAAGGACCUCAUAUUCCACGUCAACUGCUUUUCCUGCACCAUAUGUGGCCAAAUCCUCCGGGGAGGUGACACUGCCGGACUCCGGGAUGGUCGAAUCCUGUGCUGCGAACACUACGAGACCGACGUUCUAAGUGAACCAGAAACACUUUCGCCGCAGUUUUAUCCCGGCGGACAGCAGCAGCAGCAGCCCCAAACCGUCAUCCAGCCCCUGCAGCAGCACCAACCUCAACAGCAGCAGCAACAACAACAACAGUCCCAAAAGGGGCGACCCCGGAAACGGAAACCCUCGCCCCAGAUGCUAGAUGAGCAACAGCAGUCCGGGCAGCAGCAAAAUCAACCACCUCCUUCACAUGACGUUAUGGAUGCCGGCGGGCCGCUUCGGUUAGAUCUGCUCCACAAAGAGCUAACCGUAGGCAGUCUGGAUCUGUCUUCGUACGACGGAAGUCAAUCGCCCGGUUCCGGUGGAACGCUGACGCCCAAUUGCCGUACCAAACGGAUGCGAACGUCCUUCAAGCACCAUCAGCUGCGGACGAUGAAGUCCUACUUUGCCAUCAAUCAGAACCCGGACGCCAAGGAUUUGAAGCAGCUGGCCCAGAAGACGGGUCUCUCGAAGCGGGUGCUGCAGGUCUGGUUCCAGAACGCUCGCGCAAAAUGGCGACGAAACGUGAUGCGCCAAGACGGAGGCCUUAUGAGUGUGGGUCAACCGCUCGGGGGGCUUCCCUCGAUAACGACGGCCAGCUUGCACCACCACAUGCACGCCAGUCUGCAACAACAAGUUGCAGCGGGCAUUGGCCAGGGUGGAGGGCCAGGUGGACCAGGCGGAAAUCCAAGCAAUACCAGCAGCAGCGAUGGGGAAAUGUCCACCAGCCAGGCCCUGGAGGAAAUGCACAACAUGACCUUCGCCGAACUGUACUGACACAAUCUGAUGAUCAAAAACAUGAUUCUGUCGAAUGUGAUCAAAAUGUCUCAGAAUCAUUCACCUCAACAACAAGUUCAACAAGUUCAUCAACAUCAGCUUCAGCCAUCUCUUCACCAGGCGGAAAUGGAAGUGCUGAGGACUAGACCCGAGGAAAUGAUCGAACACGGUCAACCGGCACCACCGGUUGUUGAAUCGAUUUCGGAUCAGCAAAAGUUGAACACCACCGAUGAAAAUUGUUCCAGAAAUCUUACUCCUGCAGCAUCGUGGGGCAAUGUCGUCUACAGUGAUGCUAAUCAGUAGUUGAAAUCGUGUGUACAUAGCUAGCAUUUAAGGAAGCAUAUCGAAUCUGUUAGAUCUAGUCGUAAUUCCAAAACUAAAAUAAAAGUCAGGCUGGGAAAGUGCUAUUGCAAUCAACCAUAUCCAAUGUGAUUUACUCGGCAAUAUACAUAUUUGUCACUUAUUUAAACUUACCACAAACACAUAUUUUGUAUCUCCAUUGACAACAAAAACAUAAGUUGAAAGAAUUAAGUGAAUUAAUAUUCUCCAUAUUAUUUUUUAUAAUUAGAGUUGUCGUUUUUUGUAUUCCAUGUUACUUAAUUGCCGAGAAACACAUUUGUUCUAGUCACCGUAGUGGUAUAGUGUAAAAAAGUUCUAAUUUUUAAGGUAAAU